UAACAAUGAGAUAAAAAAAGAUUACGUGCAUGAAAAAAUUGUUUUCACAGACACCACAGGAAAGUUGCAGUUGUUUUCUUUUUUAAAAAACACGUCGCACGUCUGUGACAAUUAAGAGUUGAUAUAAAGAAACAUUAUUAAAAAAAAUAAAUAAAUAAAUUCAUUCGUUAGUGAAAUAUGUAACUUUACUUACAAAUAGGAAGUUAUUUUCCUCUCCGGUAUAAAGUUUAAAUUUUGUAAUCCAAAAAAAGAAUUAAAAUGAAAAAAUUUAUUUCAUUACUACUUGUACAUAUUAUGUGCACUUUAUUAUUAAAUGCAGAACCACGAUUACAAAUUUCUCAAGGGAAAUUGAAAGGUACUUUUUUAAAAUCGAGAAAUGGUAGAAGAUAUUCGGCAUAUCUUGGUCUUCCCUACGCUCAGCCUCCAAUAGGAAAUUUAAGAUUUCGAAAUCCUUUACCAGCUGGCAAUUGGAGUAAUUAUCGAGAUGCAACAUUUUAUCGAAAUAUAUGUCUACAGCCGUCUAUUAAUGGUUCUAUUGGAAAUGAAGAUUGUUUAUUUUUAAAUGUUUACGCUCCAUUAAGAACAAGAAGGAAAAAUUUAUUACCAGUAAUGAUUUGGAUUCAUGGUGGUAGUUUCAUUGGAGGAACAAGCAAUAUAUUUAGUGGAAAUUAUCUUUUAGAUAAGGACAUUAUUUUAGUAACUGUUAAUUAUCGUUUGGGAAUUUUUGGCUUUUUUACAUUAGGCGAUACAACAGUAUCAGGAAAUUUUGGUUUAAAAGAUCAAGUUCUUGCAUUAAAAUGGGUUCAAAAAAAUAUCAAAGCAUUUGGUGGAAAUCCAAAUAAAGUGACUUUAUUUGGUGAAAGUGCAGGUGGUGCAAGUGUCAGUCUUCACGCUAUUUCAAAGGCAAAUAAUGGACUUUUUCAGCAGUACAUUAUUCAAAGUGGUAGCUCUCUGAGUCCUUGGUCAUGUCAAAAAAGUGAAAAAUUUAAAGAGCCAGUGGUAAAAAUUGCAAAAAUGGUUAAUUGUCCCUAUAAUAGUUCUCAAAUUCUUGUUAAUUGUUUACGAGGUAAAAAUGCGGAAAUUUUGUUAAAUACAGGCUCGGCAUUUAAUAAUAAUUUAGGUUUUGCACCAGUACAAUGGACACCAACAAUAGAACCUGAUGAGAAAGAUGCAUUUUUAAUUGACAGUCCAAAAAAUUUAAUAGAAAAAAAUCAAAUGAAAGAUUUACCAUUUAUGAGUGGAAUUGUCAGUGAUGAAGGAUUAUUAAUUACUAAUAGUUUAUACGCAAAUGAAACAAUUUAUAAAUUAAUGAGAAAUAAUUUAGAACAAUUAUUAUCAUUUGUUGGUGAUUUUUUUCUUGAUUUAAAUAAUACCAAAGUAUUUGUAGAAGAAAUAGAAAAUUUUUAUUUUAAUAAUUCAUUUAAUUCCUCUGGAAAGACUGAGUUUUUGAAGGGUCUAACGGACACAUUUAGUGAUGGUGGAUUUAUUUAUCCAGAAUUGAGAAUGCUACAAAAAACAACACCAAAAAUGCGAAAUUCUAAUUAUUUAUAUUCAUUUGGUUUUGCAUUUUCACCACAAAAUAAUGGCGUUGCUCAUGGCUCUGAAGUGGAUUAUUUAUUUCCAUUUUCAAAUGUAAAUUUACAAAUGAGCGAAAUAAUGGUGGAACUAUGGACUUCCUUUGCUUCGAAUGGAAAACCAAUAUCAAAAAAAUUGAAUCCACCUGACAUUUGGAAACCGUAUAAUAUAGAAAAAAAUAGUCAUCUUCAAAUUGGAAAUAUUAAUAAUAACACCGAUUCAAAAAUCACACUUUCAAAUUCUUUCUAUCCAAAGCGAAUGAAUUUUUGGCAAACUAAAUUUCCUAUUUAAUUUUUGACAACAAAGAAAUAAAUAUUUCUGAAUUGUUCAUGUUACGAAAUAUUUGUUAAAAAAAAAAGAAAAUAAUUAAAAAAUUAAAAUGCAAACAAAAAUUUUUCCUCAAGAAUAAAAUUAUUAUCGAAAUGAAAAAAAUUAUGAGAACAUACAAAAAAUGUUUUUUUUUUUCCUUUACACAAUUUCUUAUCAAAGUAAAUUGUAUUUUAA